AUCUAGUAGUGUGCCGCACGCCGAGCUCGAAGUUAGCAUCAGAGUAGUUGUGUAUUAAAUAGUUUACAAUAGCGAUUAUACAUACAUCGCCGCACCGCACCGACACUACACCGAAAAUGUGCCUGUGAUAAAGAAAGAAAAAAAACGAGAAAAGGAAGGAAUCUACACACGCGCACGCACAAAGUAACGAUAAAUACUUCGAGCCAAAUACACGAACCGCCUUAUGACGACUUCACAAAAGCUUAGCUAGAUGGGAUUUGUGGCUCUGUCAGGGCCCGCGUCCACACAGAAGAAGAAACAGUCAAGGACGACGACGACAGUAACUGGCAGUACUAACAACGUCAUCUCUUCGACAACGACUAUCAUCGAGGAUAAUAAUAAUAAUAAUAAGGACACAGCAGCAACUCGGUUGUCGCCGUCGACGUCGAGGACGCGGAGGAGAAACAGCAGCAGCAGCAGCAGCAGUCGUCGCGUCAGUGUCGGUUUUGCAGGUACAUCUCGCAUCUUGGCGUCGACACCGAAGAGCCGCACGUAAGCGCAAGGCUCAAUUCGGUGGUCGUCAGCCCACCGAAACGUUGGCAAGCUGGAAUUGAUGGAGUUGGAGAACAUCGUCGCCAAUACUGUUUAUCUCAAAGCGAGAGAAGGUGGUGGUGACAGCAACAAAGGCAAGAGCAAAAAAUGGCGCAAGAUACUUCAGUUUCCACACAUAUCUCAGUGCAUAGGACUGAAAGAUAAGCUCGACAUCAAGUACAGCUAUGUGGUGGACCAGCAGCCGAUCGGCCGCCUGCUGUUCCGGCAGUACUGCCAGGACAAGCGGCCGGCCUGGCACUCGUACAUACUGUUCCUCGACGCCGUGGAGAACUACGAGUUCGAGACGGACGAGAAUCGCGCCGAGACGGCGCGCCGCCUCUACGAGCAGUAUCUCAACAACAAGAGGGUCGGCAACAACAGCGGCGGCGGCAGCGGCGGCAGUGGUAACGAUGCUGGGGGCGAAGUCGUCGUCGCUGCGGUGCUCAACGACGAGCUGCUGCGCGAGAUCGAGACGAGGCUCUGCGCCACGGCCACGAUCACCUCAGCGACCACCACCGCCGCGGGCAAGGAGAUCUUCGCCGAGAUCGCGCAGACGGUGAAGAACUUCCUGGCCGGCGAGCCGUUCGCCGCCUUCCAGUCCAGCUUCUACUUUUACAGGUACCUGCAGUGGAAGUGGCUGGAGGCACAGCCGAUCACGUACAAGACGUUCCGCAUGUAUCGGGUGCUGGGCAAGGGCGGCUUCGGCGAGGUGUGCGCCUGCCAGGUGCGCGCCACCGGCAAGAUGUACGCCUGCAAGAAGCUGGAGAAGAAGCGCAUCAAGAAGCGCAAAGGCGAGUCCAUGGUGCUGAUCGAGAAGAACAUCCUGCAGAAGAUCAAUUCGCGCUUCGUCGUGUCGCUGGCCUACGCGUACGAGACCAAGGACGCGCUCUGCCUCGUGUUGACCAUCAUGAACGGCGGCGAUCUCAAGUUUCACAUCUACAACAUGGGUGGAGAGCCCGGCUUCGAUCUCAAUCGCGCGAGGUUCUACGCGGCGGAGGUGGUAUGCGGCCUCGAGCAUCUGCAUCAGCGCGGCAUCGUCUAUCGGGACUGCAAGCCCGAGAACAUACUGCUGGACGAUCACGGCCACGUGCGCAUCAGCGAUCUCGGCCUCGCCGUGGAGAUCACGGAGGGCGACAUGGUGCGCGGCCGCGUGGGCACCGUCGGCUACAUGGCGCCCGAGGUGAUCGACAACGAGAAGUACACCUUCUCGCCGGACUGGUUCAGCUUCGGCUGUCUGCUGUACGAGAUGAUCGAGGGCCAGGCGCCGUUUCGCGCGCGCAAGGAGAAGGUGAAGCGCGACGAGGUGGACAGGCGCGUCAAGGAGGACCAGGAGAAGUACUCGGCCAAGUUCUCGGAGGAGGCGGCGGCUCUGUGCAGGCAGCUGUUGGCCAAGAGCCCGAAGAUGCGGCUGGGCUGCCGAGACGGCAGGCACGGCGCCAAGGAGGUCAAGCUGCAGGCCUUCUUCCAGUGCCUCAACUGGAAGAGGGUCGAGGCGGGCAUGUGGGAGCCACCCUUCGUGCCGGAUCCGCACGCCGUCUACGCCAAGGACGUGCUGGACAUCGAGCAGUUCUCCACGGUUAAGGGCGUGAAUCUGGACGCCACCGACGACACGUUCUACAGUCGAUUCAACACGGGCAGCGUGUCGAUACCCUGGCAGAACGAGAUGAUAGAGACGGAGUGUUUCAAGGAGCUCAACGUCCUCGGCCCCAGCAACACGCCCACGCCGGAUCUCCUGAUCGACCAUCCGACGGUCAAUAAUCAAAACAGAGGCUGCUUCCCGUUCCGACGGAGGAAGAAGCAGAGCGCGAGAACGAGACAAGUACCGCUAUCCGAGUGCCAUUUGCAAGAAUUGCGACAGAACCAAAGCUUGGAAUUGCCGGGCAGCUGAUCCAGGAUCAAUAAUUCGGCCGAAACGAACGGCAGUGCCGCUGCCGCCGCCGUCAAUUCGUCAUCGUCGUCGACUACGACGGCUGCUGUGACAGCAGCAGCCGCAGCAACUACGUCGUCAACGUCAACGUCGUCGUCUUCGUCUACGUCGCAGUCGCAAGCACCGAUCGUCAUCGGCAACGACGAAGCGUCGAAGAAGCAGCAGCAGCAGAACGAAAAAAACGGCACCACGACGACGUUUCGACAGCAGCCACUCGGCAACGAGUGCAAUGGCACUGCUUAGAUCAUUAUUUAUUAAUAUUUACACGAAGUAUAGAUGUAUUUAUUUUUCUUUUUUACUUUCGGCUUUUGAUUUUUUACGUGCAAUACUUCGAGCGCGUCGAAUUAUUACAUACUGUAUAAUAUUGCGCGCGUUUCUCGGAUAAAAUAAUCUUUAUAGAUUCAAGCGCGCGCACACACACUACGACGACGAGGAUAUAAACACACAACGGCGGCUUUUAUGCGUUUCGCGUUUUACCAAUUUUUAGAAUAAAUAUUGUAUAAAUAAAAUAUCGUAUGCGUGUGACCGCGCGCGUCGUUGCUGCUGCACACAGUCGAAAAAGAAAAAGAUGGAAAAAUACGAGGUUAAUGGACAAAAUGGAUAUAGCCGUUUCGAGCGCGGCUAUCUACGAUUAUAAAUUUGCAUUAUAUACGCUUAGAUAGGCUUAUAGAAAAAAAAGGGAAGCUCGAUGACCCGCGUCCGCGUCCGGUAAUAUCGAUACUUUUAGGAAUAGAAUAAUGAUAAAAUUAUCGUUCGAUUUAUUUUUCUUUCUUUCCUCUUUUUUUUUUUUUUUUUGGUA